CCGUGUAAGAGUGAGGUGGAGGAGGACAUUCCAGUCCAUGUGACCACAGAAAAUCCCUGUGAGAAGCCUGAAGGAAACAUCAUCAUGUUAUCUCUAGAUUAUAAAGAAGAUGAAGACACCAGGCAGCGCUCUUCAGGAGAAAACUUCAUUACCUGUAAUGUACAUCCAGGACUUCACAAUGCAGAGCCAUUAAAUAAUUCCCCCAAGAAUGAGGAACUUUCUAAUGACCAAUCACAGAUUAUCAACCCAAGUCCAAAUCUAUCAUAUAACCAUCUUAAACAUGAGGAUUCUUCUACUGAUCAAUCACAGAUUAUUACUCCAAAUAUAAGGCAGAAACGGGGUAAAAUGUUUAAUUGUGAGGAACGUGGAAAACAGUUCAGAUGUAAGUCAGAGCUUCCUGUACACAGAAAUCAACACAAAGGAGAGAAGCCGUAUUCAUGUUCAGAAUGUGGGAAAUGCUUUACCAAGAAAUCAAGCCUUGAUCAACAUAAAAGAAUUCACACAGGAAAGAAGCCAUAUUCAUGUUCUGAAUGUGGAAAAUGUUUCAUAGAAAAAAAAGGUCUUGCUAAACAUCUCAGAAUUCACACAGGAGAGAAGCCGUAUUCAUGUUCAGAAUGUGGGAAAUGCUUUAACCGAAAAGCAAGCCUUGAUCUACAUAAAAGAGUUCACACAGGAGAGAAGCCAUAUUCAUGUUCAGAGUGUGGUAAAUGUUUUACAGAUAAAUCAUAUCUGCCUGCACAUCAGAGAAUUCACACGGGAGAGAAGCAACAUUCAUGUUCAGAAUGUGGGAAAUGCUUUAACCGAAAAUCAAGCCUUAAUCUACAUAAAAGAAUUCACACAGGAGAGAAGCCAUAUUCAUGUUCAGAGUGUGGUAAAUGUUUUACAGUUAGAUCAAAUCUGCUUGUACAUCAGAGAAUUCACAUAGGAGAGAAGCCACAUUCAUGUUCAGAAUGUGGGAAAUGCUUUAACCAGAAGUCAAGCCUUGAUCUACAUAAAAGAAUUCACAUAGGAGAGAAGCCAUAUUCAUGUUCUGAAUGUGGAAAAUUUUUCAUAGAAAAAAAAGAUCUUACUAAACAUCUCAGAAUUCACACAGGAGAGAAGCCAUUUUCAUGUUCAGAAUGUGGGAAAUAUUUUAGCGAUAAAAACCAUCUUACUACACAUCAGAGAAGUCACACGGGAGAGAAACCAUUUUCAUGUUCAGAAUGUGGGAAAUGCUUUGCCAGGAAAUGCAGUCUUUAUCAACAUAAGAGAAUUCACACAGGAGAGAAACCAUUUUCAUGUUCAGAAUGUGGGAAAUGCUUUGCCAGGAAAUGCAGUCUUGAUCUACAUAAAAGAAUUCACACAGGAGAGAAGCCAUAUUCAUGUUCUGAAUGUGGAAAAUGUUUCAUAGAAAAAAAAGAUCUUACUAAACAUCUCAGAAUUCACACAGGAGAGAAGCCAUAUUCAUGUUCAGAGUGUGGUAAAUAUUUUACAGAUAAAUCAUAUCUGCUUGCACAUCAGAUAAUUCACACAGGAGAGAAGCCACAUUCAUGUUCAGAAUGUGGGAAAUGCUUUAACAGGAAAUCAAGCCUUGAUCUACAUAAAAGAAUUCACACAGGAGAGAAGCCAUAUUCAUGUUCAGAGUGUGGUAAAUGUUUUACAGCUAGAUUAUAUCUGGUUGUACAUGAGAGAAUUCACACAGGAGAGAAGCCAUAUUCAUGUUUAGAAUGUGGUAAAUGUUUUACAGAUAGAUCAUAUUUGCUUGGACAUCAAAGAAUUCACAAUGAAGAGAAGCCACAUUCAUGUUCAGAAUGUGGGAAAUGCUUUAACCGGAAAUCAAGCCUUGAUCUACAUAAAAGAAUUCACACAGGAGAGAAGCCAUAUUCAUGUUCAGAGUGUGGUAAAUGUUUUACAGCUAGAUUAUAUCUGGUUGUACAUGAGAGAAUUCACACAGGAGAGAAACCAUAUUUAUGUUCAGAAUGUGGGAAAUAUUUCAGAGAAAAAAAACAUCUUACUACACACCAGAGAAGUCACACAGGAGAGAAACCAUUUUCAUGUUCAGAAUGUGGGAAAUAUUUCAGAGAAAAAAAACAUCUUACUACACACCAGAGAAGUCACACAGGAGAGAAACCAUUUUCAUGUUCAGAAUGUGGGAAAUGCUUUACCCAUAAAUCAAGCCUUGAUCAACAUAAAAGAAUUCACACAGGAGAGAAGCCAUAUUCAUGUUCUGAAUGUGGAAAAUGUUUCAUAGAAAAAAAAGGUCUUACUAAACAUCUUAGAAUUCACACAGGAGAGAAGCCGUAUUCAUGUUCAGAAUGUGGAAAAUGUUUCAUAGAAAAAAAAGAUCUUACUAAACAUCUCAGAAUUCACACAGGAGAGAAACCAUUUUCAUGUUCAGAAUGUGGGAAAUGCUUUACCAAGAAAUUAAGUCUUGAUCGACAUAAGAGACUCCACACAGAAGAGAAGACAUGUUGAUGUUUUGUGUAAGAAUAAUGUUUUACAAAGAAAUUAGUCUUUCAAACUUGCAGACAUGUGUGUUCAUUUUACCUCAUUGUGCCGAUAUUGUAUGAGAGUGAGCAACAGAAGUCAUGCUUACAAGUCGCUGAUAAACCUUUUGUUUCUUUUUACUUCAUUCCAAUAUAAAAUGGUACAUCAUGAGGGACGCUGAGACAGACAUCGUUCACACCUCCUCCCCUCCACGCGGCGUUUCGGGAGAACACGCCUCUUUACUCAUGCAUGCAGGUAGAGGGGGAGGUGGGAUUUGUAUAUAUACUAACCACAUCGUUUUAUACAAAAUGCAU